UUUAAGCGGCCCCUUGGCUGAUAGUGGCCCCGCCAUGGCUUGGAAGCGCGUCUUCCUGCUGCACCGGGUGGCCCAACGCUUCGCCGCCUUCUCCAAGGCGCCGGGGGCCCGAGAGCAGACCACCGCGAGCCCGGGAACCGCGCAGGGAUGCGGAGCAGCGGAGGCUGUGCGGCCGCCGGUGCCGGCCGUGGACUUCGGCAACACGCAGGAGGCGUACCGCAGCCGGCGGAGCUGGGAGCUGGCGCGCAACCUGUUGGUGCUGCGCCUGUGUGCGUCGCCGGUGCUGCUGGCUCACCAUGAGCAGCUGCUCCAUUUUGCCAGGAAGCUUCUGGGGCAGUGGAUGUUCGACAAGCUGAUGAAGAUGACCUUUUAUGGGCAUUUUGUGGCAGGCGAGGACCAGGAAUCCAUCUGGCCUCUGAUCCGGCACAACAAAACCUUUGGUGUUGGCUCUAUCCUAGACUACGGAAUGGAGGAAGACCUGAGCCCUGAGGAGGCAGAGCACAAAGAGAUGGAGUCAUGCACCUCUGAAGCAGAGAGGGAUGGCAGUGGCACAAAUAAAAGGGAGAAGCAAUAUCAGGUUCACCCAGCCUUUGGAGACCGCAGAGAUGGUGUCAUCAGUGCCCGUACCUAUUUCUAUGCCAAUGAAGCCAAAUGUGACAACUACAUGGAGACCUUACUGCGCUGCAUCCAGGCUUCAGGUGGAGCCAGUGACGCUGGCUUCGCAGCCAUUAAGCUCACUGCACUGGGGAGACCGCAGUUUCUGCUGCAGUUCUCAGACGUGCUGACCAGGUGGAGACGGUUCUUUCAUCAAAUGGCUGCAGAGCAGGGGCAGGCUGGACGUGCUGCUGUGGACACAAAGCUAGAGGUGGUGGUACUGCAGGAAAGCAUCGCGAAGAUGGGCAUCGCAUCCAAGGCUGAGAUUGAGCAGUGGUUUACUCUGGAGACAUUGGGAGGGUCUGGAACUGUGGACCUUCUGGACUGGAACAGCCUCAUUGAUAGCAGGACCCAGCUCUCCAGGCACCUGGUGGUCCCCAAUGUACAGACAGGACAGCUGGAGCCUGUGCUGUCACGGUUCACUGAGGAAGAGGAGCAGCAGAUGACAAGGAUGCUGCAAAGGAUGGAUGUACUAGCCAAGAAAGCUAGAGAGGUGGGUGUCCGGCUGAUGAUAGAUGCUGAGCAGAGCUACUUCCAGCCCGCCAUAAGUCGCUUGACCCUGGAAAUGCAGCGCAGGUUCAAUGUGGACAAGCCACUCAUCUUUAACACGUUCCAGUGCUACCUCAAGGAUGCCUAUGACAAUGUGACCAUGGAUGUGGAGCUGGCUUGCCGUGAAGGCUGGUGUUUUGGGGCCAAACUGGUACGUGGUGCAUACAUGGCCCAAGAGCGUGCCCGGGCGGUGGAGAUUGGCUACGAGGACCCUGUGAACCUUACAUAUGAGGCCACCAAUGCCAUGUACCACAGGUGCCUGAACUAUGUCCUGGAGGAGCUCAAGCACACCACCAAGGCAGAAGUGAUGGUGGCCUCCCACAAUGAGGACACAGUGCGCUUUACACUGCGCAGGAUGGAAGAGCUAGGCCUGCAUCCUGCUGAUGGCCAGGUGUCCUUCGGGCAGCUGCUGGGCAUGUGUGACCAAAUUAGCUUUCCACUAGGCCAGGCAGGCUUUCCUGUGUACAAGUACGUACCCUAUGGCCCUGUGAUGGAGGUGCUGCCCUACCUGUCCCGCCGUGCCCUGGAGAACAGCAGCAUCAUGAAGGGCGCUCAGCGAGAGAGGAAGCUGCUAUGGCAGGAGCUGCGCCGGCGGCUGUGCACUGGUAGCCUCCUCCACCACCCGGUCUAGCACCCAGUGCAGGGCCCAUGCCUAUACCACUCAACCUGUUACCUUGCAGGGCCUUAGGCAGGGCAGGACUUUGGGUGGGGCUGUGUUCCUCAGUCAGUGCAACAGCCCAACCCACCCUUACAGGGUUCACCUUUUUAUACCCAAGCCUUUGAGGUACUGAGGUGGUGGCCACCUUUUGGGACUCCCAGUCCCCCCAGGAGCAGGUGCUCAGAUGUGGGCUUAGCCAGAGCCUCUUGAACUGUCCUAAUGAAUGGGCACUGACUAUCUCAGCAGGACCCAUAGCCCUAGUCCAGUAGGACCAGCUUCUACCAGGGUCUAGUCCAUCCCCCCAAAUCCCAACAGUGGGCAAAGCACAGGCUGAGAAGGCUGCUUGGUCAAUAAAUCAUUAUUCUGUAGCCGA